UGCUUCUUUAAAUACUCCCCUUCAAAAAAAUUAAUCCCACCCCCAAAAAAAUCAGACAAUAUUUUAAGGAAUUAGAAGCUCAAAAUCCAUGUCUCCCAAAGGUGGUCGGAAAAAAGCAUCAUCAUCAUCAUCAGUUCAUGAACAGCUUCAACAGCUUCGAUCUCUCACCAACUCCACUGCAGUGAACAAGACCUCAAUUAUUGUAGAUGCUUCGAGAUACAUAGAGGAGUUGAAAGAUAAAGUUGAUAAAAUGAGCCAAGAAACUGCAACUUCUUCACAUGCUUCAACUUCAUCCCAGAAUCCUCUUCCUAUGGUUACAGUGGAAACCCUAGAGAAGGGUUUCCUUAUAAAUGUGUUUUUAGAGAAGAAUUGCCCUGGUUUGCUUGUUUCCAUAUUGGAAACCUUUGAAGAGCUUGGCCUUGACGUGCUUGAAGCUAGGGUUUCCUGUGAAGAAAGUUUCAAACUAGAAGCCAUUGGAGGAGAAAAUGAAGGUAAUGUUGAAUGCAUUGAUGCUCAAAUGGUGAAGCAAGCAGUGAUGCAAGCUAUAAGGAAAUGGGGUGAAAAUAGCCACCAGGAGUAGGACUGCUUUCUCGGUUUUAGCGGUGGCUCACGACGGCGUUUUUUUUUUUAAACGCCAUUUCCAUGACGAAGUGCAGUGUUUUCAGAUAUGAAUAUGAUAUCUUCGUCGAUUCCUUCGGAUUAGUAGCAAAAUUUACAAUGUAACAUCUUUUAUCUUUUACCGAUAAAAGUUUCGACUUUC